GCGCCCGCGCCCGCGCCAGGUUUACAAUGUAUGCAGCCUGCCGAAUCCUGCUUGAAUGGGGGAAAGUGUGAAGCUUACCUCAAUGGGACAGGGCAGUGCCUAUGUAACGUCGCCCACGUGGGCGAGCGGUGCCAGCUGCCCAACCCCUGCCUCAGCUCCCCCUGCAAGAACGCCGGGACCUGCCACCCCGUCGUGCGUGGCAGCACCGCGGACUACACCUGCACGUGCCGGCUGGGCUUCACUGACAGCCUGUGCCUGACACCCGAGGAGAACGCCUGUCUCAACAACCCCUGCCGCAACGGGGGCACCUGCGACCUUCUCACCCUCACCGAGUACAAGUGCCGCUGCCCGCCCGGAUGGUCAGGUAAGAGCUGCCAGCAGGCUGACCCCUGCGCCUCCAACCCCUGCGCCAAUGGUGGGCAGUGCGUCCCCUUCGAGGCCCACUACAUCUGCAAGUGCACGGCUGGCUUCCAUGGGGCCAACUGCAAGCAGGACGUGAACGAGUGCAGCCUCUCGACUCCCGUCUGCAAGAACGGCGGCAUCUGCACCAAUGAGGUCGGGACCUACCAGUGCUCCUGUAAGCCUGCCUACACUGGCCAGAACUGCGAGCUCCUCUACGUGCCCUGCAACCCCUCGCCCUGCCAGAAUGGUGGCACCUGCCGCCAGACCGGCGACACCACCUACGACUGCACCUGCCUCCCAGGCUUCGCCGGGCAGAACUGCGAGGAGAACAUCGACGACUGCCCUGGGAACAACUGCAAGAAUGGUGGUACCUGCGUGGAUGGAGUCAAUACCUACAACUGCCAGUGCCCUCCCGAGUGGACAGGCCAGUACUGCACUGAGGAUGUGGACGAGUGCCAGCUGAUGCCGAAUGCCUGCCAGAACGGGGGCACCUGCCACAACAACCACGGUGGCUACAACUGCGUCUGCGUCAAUGGCUGGACUGGCGAGGACUGCAGCGAGAACAUCGACGACUGUGCCAUGGCUGCUUGCUUCCAGGGUGCCACGUGUCAUGACCGCGUGGCCUCCUUCUACUGCGAGUGCCCGCACGGCCGCACAGGCUUGCUGUGCCAUCUGGACGAUGCCUGUAUCAGCAACCCCUGCAAUGAGGGCUCCAACUGUGACACCAACCCUGUCAACGGCAAAGCCAUCUGCACCUGCCCCUCCGGCUACAUGGGUCCGGCCUGCAACCAGGACGUGGACGAGUGCUCCCUGGGAGCCAACCCCUGUGAGCACGCUGGGAAAUGCAUCAACACGCAGGGCUCCUUCCAGUGCCAGUGUCUCCAGGGGUACUCGGGCCCCCGCUGCGAGAUCGAUGUCAACGAGUGCCUCUCCAACCCCUGCCAGAACGAUGCCACCUGCCUGGAUCAGAUCGGCGAGUUCCAGUGCAUCUGCAUGCCAGGGUACGAGGGCAUCUACUGCGAGAUCAACACGGAUGAGUGCGCCAGCGGCCCCUGCCAGCACAACGGGAACUGCAUCGACAAGAUCAACGAGUUCCACUGCGAGUGCCCCACAGGCUUCAAUGGGCACCUGUGCCAGUAUGACAUCGAUGAGUGUGCCAGCACGCCCUGCAGAAACGGGGCUAAGUGUGUGGACGGGCCCAACACCUACACCUGCGAGUGCACCGAAGGAUUCACUGGCACCCACUGCGAAGUCGACAUCGAUGAGUGCAACCCCGACCCCUGCCACUAUGGGACCUGCCGGGAUGGCAUCGCUGCCUUCACCUGCCUCUGCCAGCCAGGAUACACAGGCCAUCGCUGUGACGUGAACAUCAACGAGUGUCUGAGCCAGCCCUGCAAGAACGGGGGCACCUGCCAGGACCGGAACAACGCCUACAACUGCCUGUGCCUCAAAGGCACCACGGGCCCCAACUGCGAAAUCAACCUGGACGACUGUGCUAGCAACCCCUGCGACUACGGCAAGUGCAUAGACAAGAUUAACAGCUACGAGUGCACCUGCAAGCCUGGCUACACAGGGCGAAUGUGCAACAUUAACAUUGAUGAGUGCGCCAGCAACCCCUGCCACAAUGGCGGGACCUGUAAGGACAGCAUCAAUGGCUUCACCUGCAUCUGCCCCGAAGGGUACCAUGACCCCAAGUGCCUGUCGGAAGUGAACGAGUGUAACAGCAACCCCUGCAUCCAUGGGAAAUGCAAUGAUGGACUUAACGGCUACAGGUGCGAUUGCGACCCGGGCUGGAGCGGGACCAAUUGCGACAUUAACAACAACGAGUGUGAAUCCAAUCCCUGCAUGAAUGGAGGCACCUGCAAGGACAUGACCAGUGGCUACAUUUGUACCUGCCGGGAGGGCUUCAGUGGGCCCAACUGCCAGACCAACAUCAACGAGUGUGCCUCCAACCCCUGCCUGAACCAGGGCACCUGCAUCGAUGACGUUGCCGGCUACACAUGCAACUGCCUGCUGCCAUACUCAGGGGCAACGUGUGAGGAUGUGCUGGCCCCCUGUGCCAACAGCCCCUGCAAGAACGGGGGCGAGUGCCAAGAGUCGGAAGAUUACAAGAGCUUCUCCUGCGUGUGCCCCUUGGGCUGGCAAGGCCAAACGUGCGAGAUCGACAUCAACGAGUGUGUGAAGAGCCCCUGCCGCAAUGGCGCCACGUGCCAGAACACCAACGGGAGCUACCGCUGCCUCUGCAAGGCAGGCUACAGCGGCCGCAACUGCGACACCGACAUCGAUGACUGCAAGCCCAGUAAGAGCCGGGCUGGGGGUGCUCAUCAGCAGAAGCUCCCUGCCUCGCUUGCGGCUCCGGGGCUGGGCUCCGCUGACCGCCGCGAUGCCUUCUUCUGCGAGUGCCUGGCGGGCUUCCGGGGGCCCAAGUGCGAGGAGGACAUCAACGAGUGCGCCAGCAACCCCUGCCGCAACGGCGCCAACUGCACCGACUGCGUCAACAGCUACACCUGCACCUGCCCCUCCGGCUUCAGCGGGAUCCACUGUGAGAACAACACGCCCGAUUGCACCGAGAGCUCCUGUUUCAACGGAGGAACCUGUGUGGACGGCAUCAACACCUUCACCUGCGUGUGCCCGUCCGGCUUCACAGGCAGCUACUGCGAGCACGACAUCAAUGAGUGUGACUCCAGGCCCUGCCUGAACGGGGGCACCUGCCAGGACAGCUAUGGGACGUACAAGUGCACUUGCCCGCAGGGCUACACCGGUCUCAACUGCCAGAACCUGGUGCGCUGGUGUGACUCUUCGCCCUGCAAGAACGGGGGCAAGUGCUGGCAGACCAACAACCUGUACCGCUGCGAGUGCAACAGUGGCUGGACAGGCCUCUACUGCGAUGUCCCCAGUGUGUCCUGUGAAGUGGCUGCCAAGCAGCAAGGGAUCGACGUGGCACACCUGUGCAGGAACUCUGGCCUCUGUGUGGACACGGGCAACACUCACUUCUGCCGCUGCCAGGCCGGCUACACGGGCAGCUACUGCGAGGAACAGGUGGACGAGUGCUCCCCAAACCCCUGCCAGAACGGAGCCACCUGCACUGACUACUUGGGAGGCUACUCCUGUGAGUGUGUUGCUGGCUAUCAUGGAGUUAACUGCUCAGAGGAGAUCAAUGAGUGCCUGUCUCACCCCUGCCAGAAUGGAGGAACCUGCAUCGAUCUCAUCAAUACCUACAAAUGCUCCUGCCCCAGAGGCACUCAAGGGGUGCACUGUGAAAUCAAUAUUGAUGACUGCAGCCCGUUUUUCGAUCCCGUCACCUUGGGGCCCAAGUGCUUCAACAACGGCAAGUGCACGGACAGGGUGGGCGGCUACAGCUGCAUCUGCCCGCCCGGCUUCGUUGGGGAGCGCUGCGAAGGGGACGUCAACGAGUGCCUGUCCAACCCCUGCGACACGCGCGGCACCCAGAACUGCGUGCAGCGCGUCAACGAUUACAAGUGCGAGUGCCGGCCGGGGUAUGCAGGGCGCCGCUGCGACACCGUGGUGGACGGCUGCAAGGGCAAGCCCUGCAGGAAUGGUGGAACGUGUGCAGUUGCCAGUAACACCGGCCGUGGCUUCAUUUGCAAAUGCCCCCCUGGUUUCGUCGGGGCCACCUGUGAAAAUGAUGCGCGCACCUGCGGGAACCUGCACUGCCUGAACGGUGGCACCUGCAUCUCCAUCCACAAGAGCUCCAAGUGCAUGUGUGCACCGGCCUUCACGGGGCCGGAGUGCCAGUACCCGGCCAGCAGCCCUUGCAUUUCAAACCCCUGCUACAACGGGGGCACCUGCCAGUUCUUCAGUGAGGCGGCCCCCUACUACCAGUGCAGCUGUCCCGCCAACUUCAAUGGCCUCAACUGCCACAUCCUCGAUUUCGACUUCCCGGGUGGGGUGGGCCAGGACAUCAUCCCACCCAAGAUUGAGGAGAAAUGCGAGAUCCCUGAAUGCACGGGGUACGCCGGCAACAAGAUCUGCGACGGGAAGUGCAACAACCAUGCCUGCGGCUGGGACGGAGGGGACUGCUCCCUCAACUUCAACGACCCCUGGAAGAACUGCUCCCAGUCGCUGCAGUGUUGGAAGUACUUCAAUGACGGAAAGUGCGAUUCCCAGUGCAACAACGCCGGCUGCUUGUACGAUGGCUUCGACUGCCAGAAGGUGGAAGGGCAGUGCAACCCUCUGUACGACCAGUACUGCAAAGAUCACUUCUCAGAUGGGCACUGUGACCAGGGGUGUAACAAUGCCGAGUGCGAGUGGGACGGGCUGGACUGUGCCAACAACAUGCCGGAGAAACUCGCUGAUGGCACGUUGGUUGUGGUGGUGCUGAUCACCCCGGAGAACCUAACGAACAACUCCUCCCACUUCCUUCGGGAGCUCAGCCGCGUGCUCCACACCAACGUGGUCUUCAAGAAGAACGCCCAGGGCGAGUAUAUGAUCUUCCCCUACUAUGGCAAUGAGGAGGAGCUGAAGAAGCAUCACAUCAAGAGGUCGACAGACAACUGGUCAGACAUGCCCAGCGCUGUCUUCAACAAGCUGAAAACAUCCCUCUACUCCAGUGCUGGCAGGAGGCAGCGGAGAGAGCUGGAUCAGAUGGACGUCAGAGGCUCCAUCGUCUACUUGGAGAUCGACAACCGUCAGUGCAUCCAGUCCUCUUCCCAAUGCUUCCAGAGUGCAACCGAUGUGGCAGCUUUCCUGGGUGCCUUGGCCUCUCUCGGCAAUCUGAACAUCCCCUAUGAAAUACAGGCUGUUAAAAGUGAAACAGCGGAGCCCCCCAGGAACUCCCAGCUGUAUCCUAUGUAUGUGGUGGUGGCUGCGCUCGUCUUGCUUGCCUUCAUUGGAGUGGGAGUGCUGGUAUCUCGGAAGCGACGCAGGGAGCAUGGGCAGCUCUGGUUCCCAGAAGGCUUCAAAGUGACAGAGUCAAGCAAGAAGAAGCGACGAGAACCGCUGGGAGAGGAUUCUGUCGGGCUGAAACCUCUGAAAAAUGCAUCGGAUGGCACCUUGAUGGAUGAUAACCAGAACGAAUGGGGCGAUGAGGAGACCUUGGACACCAAGAAGUUCAGGUUCGAGGAACAGGCGAUGCUGCCAGACAUGGAUGAUCAGACAGAUCACAGGCAGUGGACCCAACAGCACCUAGAUGCAGCUGACCUCCGGAUUUCCUCCAUGGCACCCACCCCGCCGCAGGGAGAAAUCGAUGCAGACUGCAUGGAUGUCAACGUGCGAGGGCCCGAUGGCUUCACCCCACUUAUGAUAGCCUCCUGCAGCGGAGGAGGGCUGGAGACUGGCAACAGCGAAGAGGAGGACGAUGCGCCGGCCGUCAUCUCAGAUUUCAUCUACCAGGGCGCCAGCCUGCACAACCAGACAGACCGUACUGGGGAGACAGCGCUGCACCUGGCUGCCAGGUACUCCCGCUCCGAUGCUGCCAAGCGCCUGCUGGAGGCCAGCGCCGACGCCAACGUCCAGGACAACAUGGGCAGGACGCCUCUCCACGCAGCUGUCUCAGCGGAUGCCCAAGGAGUCUUCCAGAUUCUGAUUAGAAACAGAGCUACUGAUCUGGAUGCCCGCAUGCACGAUGGGACCACCCCUCUGAUCCUGGCUGCCCGCCUGGCUGUGGAGGGCAUGUUGGAGGAUCUCAUCAAUUGCCAUGCAGACGUCAAUGCCGUGGACGACCUAGGCAAAUCAGCACUGCACUGGGCAGCUGCUGUGAAUAAUGUUGAAGCUGCAAUAGUGCUGCUGAAGAACGGUGCCAAUAAAGACAUGCAGAACAAUAAGGAGGAGACGCCGUUGUUCCUUGCGGCCAGGGAGGGGAGCUACGAAACGGCCAAAGUCCUCUUGGACCACUUUGCAAACCGCGAUAUCACGGACCACAUGGACCGGCUCCCUCGGGACAUCGCGCAGGAGCGCAUGCACCACGACAUCGUGCGGCUGCUGGAUGAGUACAACCUGGUACGGAGCCCGCCACUGCACAGUGGGCCGCUGGGCGCCCCCACCCUGUCCCCUCCACUCUGCUCUCCCAACAGCUACAUCGGCAACUUGAAACCCGCUGUGCAGGGGAAGAAAGCUAGGAAACCAAGCACCAAGGGCCUGAGCUGCAACGGCAAGGAUUCCAAAGACAUCAAGGCCAGGAGGAAGAAAUCACAAGAUGGAAAAGGCUGCCUCCUGGAUAGCUCCAGCGUGCUGUCACCGGUGGACUCCCUGGAGUCACCUCAUGGGUACCUGUCUGACGUAGCUUCUCCCCCGCUGAUGACCUCUCCAUUUCAGCAGUCGCCAUCCAUGCCUCUGAAUCACCUGCCGGGCAUGCCUGAUGCCCACAUGAGCAUCAAUCAUCUCAACAUGGCCGGGAAGCAGGACAUGGCCAUGGGCGGCACCAGCAGGAUGGCCUUUGAUUCAGUGCCUCCACGCCUCUCCCACCUCCCUGUUUCCAGCCCAAGCACGGUGAUGAGUAGCACCCCUAUGAAUUUUUCCGUCAGCGGAGCUGCCAGCCUCAAUGGGCAGUGCGACUGGCUGUCAAGGUUGCAGAACGGCAUGGUCCAGAACCAGUAUAACCCAAUGAGAAACAACAUGCAGCCGGCGACCCAUCAGCAGAACCAAGGCCUUCAGCAUGGCAUGAUGACCUCCCUGCAUAACGGCAUGCCCACCACGACCUUGUCGCAAAUGAUGAGCUACCAGGCUAUGCCAAACACCCGGCUGGCCUCCCAGCCUCAUCUGAUGCAGCCCCAGCAGUUGCAACAGAUGCAGCAGCAGCAGAAUUUACAGCAGCAGCUGCAACAGCAAAACAUGCAGCCGCCACAGGGGCCGCCGCCGCCGCCGCCGCCGUCGCAACAGCAGCAUCACGGCGCCACCUCGAACGCCAGCGGCCACCUGGGCCAGAACUUCCUGGGCAGCGAGUUGAACCAGUCAGACAUGCAGCCGGUGAGCAGCGGCUCCAUGGCAGUGCACACCAUCUUGCCGCAGGAGACCCAGAUGCUGUCCACGUCUCUCCCAUCCACCCUCACGCAGUCCAUGACCACCACCCAGUUUUUAACGCCGCCCUCCCAACACAGUUACUCCUCCCCGUUGGACAAUACGCCCAAUCACCAGCUGCAGGUACCCGACCAUCCUUUUUUAACACCUUCCCCCGAGUCACCGGACCAAUGGUCGAGCUCGUCGCCUCAUUCCAACGUCUCUGAUUGGUCAGAGGGGAUUUCCAGUCCUCCCACGAGUAUGCAGUCACAAAUGGGACACAUCCCAGAGGCCUUCAAGUGAAGAGCGUGUCCCAAAGACAAUGACACGCGGUGAGACGGGGAACUUUGAAAAAGAUUUCAAAAAAAUAAAAAAUGCCUAGGGACAUCGGAUGCUUUGACAGAAGGAUCCUUUUUAUAUGUUUUUAUACAAAAUAAAGAAACAAAGUUUAAUGUU